AUGUCUGUGAACAAUUCUUUACAUUUGGCUCCGAUGUUGGCUCUCGGCGAUGAUAAGCAAAAAAACGAAUUCAUCACUCCAUAUACCACUAGUGACAAAAUUGGCUGUUUUGCUUUGUCUGAGCCUGGUAAUGGUUCGGAUGCUGGUGUUACUUUCACCACGGCUUCCUAUAAGGGAGAUCAUUACUUGUUGAACGGUACAAAAGCUUCGAUCACUAACGCAUUUGAAGGCAUAGAUGGAUUUUCAUUAGGUAAAAAAGAAGAUAAAUUGGAUAUACGAGGCUCUUCCACUUGUCAGUUGAUCUUCGAAGAUUAUAUUAUAUCAAAGGAAAAUAUUCUAGGUCAACCAGUUUAUGGCUUCAAAAUAGCCAUGAAGAUUUUAGAUGCUGGACGUAUAGGAAUUGCGAGCCAGGCUUUGUGUACCCUAGAGACAUGUCCGCAAAACGUUAUUAUAGAGACGCCCAAAUUACUGAAAAUUAUCAAGACACUUCAGAAAUACAACGCAUAG